AUGUUGAGUGAUGUACACGAGGGGUUAGAUCUUCCCUCUGAACCUAUCGAUUUUGGCGUUGUGCGGGGAAAAUACGAAUUUUACCAUUAUAAAAUCGAUGGAGUGGAUGACAGGGUAAGCUUGUAAUUAUGUUAGUGUGCUGGGAAAUUUAUAGCGGUCAAGCAUAUUUCAGUUUAAACCGACAUUCGACAAAGAAAGUCAGGCGGUUUGUAGGGUUGCAAAGGGGAAAGGAUAACUUUGACAAACCCUUGGAAUUCUUCAGACAUCCUAGGAUCUAUAUGAUCUUGUCCUUUAAAAACAGUUUCACUAUUAGGCAUUUCCAGUGGAGGACAGGGGUACUCCCUUAACCCCUCAGGUGCCAAGAGAAUUUCUAAAUUGAUUACCAAAGGGAGAACACUUUGAUCUUAAACCAAUUUCUUUCAACUAUUCUUAAAAGAAAUGUAUGGAGGUCAGUCUGGAGAAUUUGCAUGUGGAUCUUGAAGUGUAAGAGGGGAUUAGGAGGAAGGAAAAAAUAGGGGAUUUCAUACUUUUCUUCCUCUCCACACAGGCUAUUUUAUUGCUAGAGAAGGGACAGAGGGUCACUUAAAAGGGGUACCUUAUUGUCACUUAAUUUAAUGAGUAUUAAAUUUUGCAAAUUUUAAUACUCAUGUAAUCUAAUACUGGCGAAGAUUAAAAUCGCAAAAUUUAAUACCAGACAUAUACAUCUCCGUAAAAUAACGAAAUUCAAGUUGUUGCUAAAUUAGUUAUUCCAGCAUGUCUUUUAUUCAAGUUUAGGAGUUUUUUGUUUAAUUUUUGUCCAUCAGCCUUCCAUAGCAUCACUCUCACUGUCAGAACUGUAACUAUUUGUGGUUACCUUUUUAGACUUUUGAAAACCUUAUGCUUUUGUUAUGUUUAACUUCAUUUGUUUUCAAUUGCCUUUCUUUGCAGUUGUUUAUGAUAAAAUUAUUAAUUCUGUUGUUACUGUUCGGAGGUCAAAGCUUCCUUUACAUGUUAAAGAAUAAAAAAAUCCCAAAAUUUAAUACACUCUAAUUUUACCUUUUCCUAAAAAGCACAAAAUUAAACAGUUGUGAAAUAUGGCUCGUGAGUUUUUGCAAAAUUUGAUACUCGCCAAAUUGAAUGAGAAUAAGGGUAGUGUGCCUCAAGUUGUGGCUCAGAACCUUGAUCACAGUGUAAUCUCUAAUACUUUAGGGUUGGGGCUGUGGCUAUAGGACGCUUCAGACUAUCUGUUCCUGGGUCCAUCAUUCACUGAAAAGCCAAAAAAAGGUUUCAACAGUACCAAACCUUCAAGAAAUACGGCAGACAUUGGUGACUGUCGGUGACAAACCAUGUUCUUUUGUUGGCUCAAGGGAAUGGAUCGGCUCUGUAGAAGCCUGUCUAUGCGUGGAUCAAAUUUUUGGGGUGUGUUUGUUGGUUGUAUUUCAUUUUAUUUUCACACAUUGGUGUUGCAAUCUUUUGCUAGUUACAACUUUUUGUGUAGUGUUCAACUAAUGUCCACAUGAAAUGCUGUUUAUUGGGACAGAAGACUCGUGCAAGGUGGUUCCCUUGAUAGGCUCCCAGGGUUAGUAUGUCCCUCGAAGACUUUACUUUUUAAAGGAGCACAAAGUAUCGUGGGUUCUUAUCCAUAACCUUCAAAUUGACAAGGAAGGAUGAAAGAGACAAGGCCACUAUCUUUGCUGCUCAAUUUAAAUGAUACAAUCAUGAUCUAUGACAAGGUCAUAGCCAGCAUCAACUUAAUAUGUUUUUGAUAUUAUUAGAGACCUUAUAUAUUAAGAGACACCAUUUCCUUGUCUGCUUAUGGGUAAAUUACCCAUAGCCAUAGCUGUAAAUACAGUUAGAUUGCCCCUUACCCUGGAGAAACAGGUAGGCUACUGGGUAAAAUGGUGAUACUAUUGUGAUAUGUUGGAAAUUAUGAUUGCCUUUUAUAAAACUAGGUCACAAACAUGCUCACCUACCUGUACCUAUAGGCAGAAAUGGUGUAUCUUAAGGUCCCUUUAAUGUAACUUGUACAUAAGGAAGUUGUAAGUUUUCUGUGUACAAGAUGCCACAGCUCUUGCAAGUUUUUAUGGAAUUUCUUGGAACGUUAAUUUAAUCCUAGUCUUGUAAUUUUAUAAAAGUCUAAGAGUUAAAAAUAUCAAUAAGUGUUGAAUGAAUAAAUAAAUAAAUAAAGGUUGUCUACUGGCCCAUCCUGCAGGUCCAGCUCCUUGAAUGACCUCCAUUUUCAGGGCAAGACUCUUUAAUAAUUGAUUGUCAUCCGAACGCUUGUUGAUCUAAAUGGACACCUGCUUGAACUUUGUCCUGCCGUAUUUAGUAGUUUUACCAUAAAUCCAAUAGCACUAAUAUUUGUGUCUAAUUAUUAUAAUAUUGUUAUAAAGAAAAUAAUGUGUUGUUUUAGGUUUGUAGCAAAAUAGUGCACGUCAGUGGAGGAGAUUGUGUUGAGCAGGAUGCUGCGUUGAUUCUCCUGGAACACUUCAAACACUUUGGGUCACCUGUUAUGAUAGGUUGGUAGCUAGAUGUCCUGUUUCUCUUGCUUGAAACACCCCGGUUAAAGUAUGGCCAUUCUUCAGUACACCUCAGACAUUCUGAAGAAGUAUCUUUCAAGUUACCCUAUUGAGAUGGACAGUGUUUAGUUCUCCUACAUAGGUAGCCACAUUCAUUCUUCUCCCCAUCAGCUAUCUUGCCUUGCAGCUUGAAGUACUGAGAAGACUAGUGCAGGAUAGCCACCCUGGCCAGUUUUUUAUGUUUUCUGCAAAAUCUAAAAUCAUUGGUCAACAUUACUGUAUUUAAGAUAUCUAAUCUGAUUGGCUGUAAGCAGCCAGCCCUGAUGUCCAUGUAUGGGAGGGGGAGUGGUUGGGGUGGGGAGAGUGGGGCUCAAACCUCCCGCCUCCCAUACCGCCACCACCUGGCUAGCUCAGUUGGGAGAGUCAGUUGGGAGAGCGCCGGUCUGCCGAGCGGGAGGUCGAGGGGUUCAAACCCUGGCUAGACCAACACUCAGGGUCUUUAAAUAACUGAGAAGAAAGUGCUGCCUUUGUACGACAUCUGCAAAUGGUUAGACUUUCUAGUCCUCUCGGAUAAGGACAAAAAACUGUAGGUCCCGUCUCACAGCGCUUUCACUGAUUUGUUCUUGUGGGACAUAAAAGAAUCCACAUCACUAUUCGAACAGAGUAGGGCUUGUAGACCUGGUGGUGUGGCCAUGCAACCUUUACGGGUUGUGGGAUUGGGUAGGGAUGGCACCUAGCACGAGACCUGAGUCCCAUUCGUGCACAUUCCCUCUGGGCAGGCCUGUGUCCAGAAAAGCUGAUAAAUAAAUAAAUAAAUAAAUACCUUGCUUUCCUAGCUUCUGUCUCUCUUUUUGAUUGGCUUCCUCCCUGUAGCCCUUUUUUGAUUGCAAGAGAUUAAGCAUAAUUGUUGCAUUAUUCUUAUUUAUACAUAUUUCCCCUGCUUUCCAACCUUUUAGAAAUCCCACCUCCCAAUCUUUCUUCUUCUGCCACCUGUACCCCUCCCUCCCCCAUUCUCCCGGCUUUCCACCCCCUGUCCCCGACGUGUAUUGGGCAGGACACGUACAUGUCAUCAAGCUUCCCGUGAUGCUACUAACAGUGACUGUUGUAUACUGUUAUGUACUUUAAUGGGUUCUUCUGUUAUGGAGUUUAGUUGCAGUCUUUUUAUUUAUUAUUGGCAAUCUUGACGGUCUUGUUCAGCUUUUCUAAAAAUUUAUAAAACUUUGAAACUAUCAAUAUGUUUUCCUGGCAGUUUGUUGUUGUUAUGUUAUAAAAUAAUUAUGUGAUAGAAUUCUGCUCAUCCAAGUACCAGUACAAGUACAGUAACGUUUAAUAUGAUUUGUUGACCUGUCUGCUAACUUAAGAUAUGGUAUUUUCUUUUGUUUGCUUGACAGGUGGUGAUAUAGACGCAUCCUCAAAGACACUGCUUGGAGUGUGCAAAACAAGUAAAGGCUUUUACUUCCUUAUUGCAGUAAGUUAAGAUUUGGAAAACCUAGCUCUCUUGAUCUUAAAUACUUAGGGUCGGUUAUUUAAACAAAGUCUAACUUAAUCUGGGGUUUAGCAAAUCUUUGGACCUCCAAAUCUCUUCCUUAGUGGGUUAUUUUAAGAAAAUAAAUGAUUUUCUGGUCUACUCAACAUACUUUCAUAAAACUGUUAACAAAACGGUUGGGCAAAUUGAAAAUAGCUUAGAAUGCGGUUUUGUUAAACACUAGCUAAACUAGGUUUAAAUAACUGGCCCUUAAUGUUUAAAAACAUUCAUACUGUCAUGAAUAGAAACAUAAUCCAUGCAAAUUUCGGUUUACUCAUUCACGUUAGAGUCAGUAAACUAUAUGGAUAUGUGUUUUUGUGUUGGGGCCAGUCAGUACUCCUUGAUCCAGUCAGAACUUGCUAAAAAUUUGACGUAAGAUGGAAAAUUUUGUGUGUUUUCCUCUUAUUCAUCUGCAAAAUUCUCAUGUUCACAUUCUUGUUUUAAAGCUGGUAUGGAGCAUCAUUAGUGGAACUCUGAAACCUGUAGAAUAAUAUUAAUGAUAACUAAGAUUCAUAUUAGAUAUAGCAUACAAACUGAACCAUCGUCAGUAUUUUUUUUUGUAAUCCUAUGGUACACUAAAUGCCAGGCCUGGGUUGUUCAAAAGCUGGAUAGCGCUAUUCACCGGAUAAAUCACUAUUCAGCGGAUAAGUGUUACGGAAAUCAAUUACGCUAUCUGCGGGAUAAUGGUUUAUCCAGUGGAUUGCGCUAUCCGACGUUUGAACAACUGGGGCCAGAACUAAAAACCUUAUUGGGUGCAUUGUAACCAAUAAUCAUUUUUUCAAGUAAAUUUCACUUUUCUAGACUAAAACAUUUACUUCUUAAUCAACUCAGAUGGAAGAACUCAAACACUUUAACUUCAAAUGUGUAGUCCCUGGGGUACAGUCAACCCUGCUUUAUGGACACCCACUUAAUAUGGACAGUUUGUUUUGUUCUUGGGGAAAGAAAGCCAUUUUUCUCUAAAUUCAACCUGUUUAAUACGGACACCCCUUCAAUGCGGCCCCCUUAGUGUCCCUAUUAAGAGGGUUUGCACUACUGUACAAUAUUAGCUCUUCUGGCUAUACUGUAUUUAUUUGAAUAAGCGCCCAACCUCGAAUUAGCGCCCACCUCAAAUAAGUGCCCAUCCUAAAGGCAGAAAAAGUUAAUAAGGGCUCACCCUUGACUAAGCAACCACCCCCACCCCCUCCUCCUCCUCCCAAUCAAACUGAAAUAAGCACCCACCCCCACCCCACCCACUUGUGUGGCAAUGAGAUUGAAAUUGAGAUUGAUUAAGUAGUAAUAAGAGACUUCCUCAAGGAUGGAGUUUUGUUCGGAGUAUUUUACAGAAACCUAGCUUGCUUUGUUACUUCUUCACGUUUUGUUAUUAGCAUGUAUUGUUUUGUUGCAAAAUAAACAUACUACACUUGUUAAAAAUGGUGAAAAUUUAAUAAGCACCGUACCCAGCCUGGAAUAAGUGCCCACCUCAAAUAAGCAACCACUCUCAAGGUCCAAAAUUUAAUAAGCGCCCAGCAGGGCGGUUAAUCAAAUAAAUAAGGUAUAUAUUUGUGAGUUUGUCCCUCACCUGUUGGAAUUUUGGAUAAUAAACUGAUUUAUGGUUGUAUGUUGUUUCAUGUUUAGGACCCUCAUUUCUGUGGCAAGGCUGACAAGGCAAUGCUUCAAGAUCAUGGCUGGGUGCAGUGGAAGUCUCUGAGUGAUGUGUUCAAGGUUGAUUCUUUUUAUAACUUCUGUCUGCCCCAGUUAAGAUCUGAAACAGGUGGCUGACUUAUACUGCAUUCACUGUAUGUAAACAGCUCUUAAAUUAAUUGACGCAUUGCACAUUAGCCUGUUUCCUGGUCGUGGUUUCUCUCCACUCUGUGGAGAGAAGUGACAACCAGAUAUACAUCUGCAUUCGCAGGCUAAUUGCCCAUAAUCUAAUAGUAUUUUCUGAGAUUGACAACAUUUUCAGUCGAUUGUGGCUUAAGUUUUAUUUAAGUGUCCAUAAAUGGCAAUCUUUAUUUUGAACAGCGUCAAUAGAGGGUUGAAACUUAAAAGGUGAUUUUAUCAGCCUUUUUGCAUGGCAAAGUCAGUUUACCACCAUAAUAAUUUUAAUAGAAUGUUCACGUGUUGAAAAAUCUAAUCCAAU